AUGACAAGCAUCCCAUUGUCAUAUGUUGGAGAGCUUACGACAGCGCAAGUUGUUGCUGGAGUUGCUCUCGUAUGGCUGCUCAUCUGCCACUUGAGCGCAAAGAAUCUCCAUCAUAUCCCGACCAAAGGUGGACCCUCUUUUCCAAUCAUCUCUUUCAUCAGGCUAUACAACUUCCUCACCCAUGGAAGAGAGAUUAUGCAGCGAGGUUAUCAGCGGCACAAGGACAGAACUUUCAAGGUCGCCAUGGUGGAUCGCUGGCUUGUUGUGCUCUCCAGUAAGAAGUUGGUCGACAAGCUACAGAAGAUGCCGGACAACACAGUAUCAUCCGCUACGACAGAGAUUCUCGAGAUGCCUCACAUGUUUGACUCUAACUGGCACAAAGAUCCCGUUCAUGUGCCAAUACUACGAAAUCUCACGCGUAAUCUCACGUUGUUAUUUGAAGAAAUGUUUGACAAGCUCACCGCGGCCUUCUGGGAGCAUAUUCCUGCGAACAGCGAUUGUUGGUUGCCAGUCCAUGCUUCUCCUGUCAUGAACACAAUUGUUACACGUGUUGCAAACUGCAUGUUUGUUGGCAUGCCUACUUGUUGGGACAGUGGCUAUGUACACAUGAUGGUACACUUUGCAGAGGAUGUAAGCAAAGCGGUGGAGCUUCUAGCAAUACUCCCCGGCUUUAUGAAGCGCAUUGUCAGCAGAAAGGCCACAGUCAUUGAUAAACGCGUUCAACAAUGUCUCGACUACCUGCGGCCAGCCAUUGAUGACCAGAUGACCAUGAUGACUAGGUUUGGGAAGGACUGGGUAGACAAGCCAAACGACCUCUUGCAGUGGAUUAUCAAUGAAGUUGUAGCACACAAUCAGGGGCCGGAAGAGGUUGCGCGCAUAGUGUUGUUCAUCAACUUCGGAGCUGUUGGAACAACCUCAUCCAUAAGUUUUCAAAAUUGCAAAGCCAGAAGUAGUAAUCUGGUGUAUUUCAGGCCAUACUGUCGUGGGCGUAGCCCCAGCCUCCUAUUUUAUUAA